UAAUACGAGUAAUAGAAAUAAAUUAAGCGCCUAAGUAACCUGUUCUAUGGUCUACCCUUCCUGCACCACUUUCCUCCGGCGAACCUCCAUACUUUCCGGCAAACUCAGCCCACUACAAACCACCUUCAAAACCAAACCUUUCUCCACAUCCCCAUACCAAAACACCCCAAUUCUUUCACUAUGCUCCUCCACCCAAUCACUCCAACAAACCAAGCAAGCCCACGCCUUUGCCAUCAUCUCCGGCCGCCUUCCAUCCUCCAUCUCCAUCUCCGCCGUCCUCAUCCUCCGUUACGCCAACUUCAACCACCCAUUAACCUCCCACAUUCUGUUUCAACAAUCUUUACCGUUCUCUCGUUCUGCUUUCUUGUGGAACACCAUUAUUAGAGCUUACAGUGUUUCUAAUGUUUAUGAUUGGUUUCAAGUUUAUAACUUUAUGAUUGUUUCUGGUGUUAGACCUGAUGAUCAUACUUUCCCUUUUGUGUUAAAAGUUUGUUGUGAUUAUAUGGAAGUUAGUAAGGGUAAAGAGGUUCAUGGGUUGGUUUGUAAGUCGGGUUUCGGUUCGGACGUGUUUGUCGGGAAUACCCUUUUGAGAUUUUACGGUGAAUGUUGUUGUUUUCAUGAUGCGGAAAAGGUGUUUGAUGAAAUGCCGGUGAGAGAUGUUGUAUCGUGGAACACGGUUAUUGGUGUGUGUAAUUCAAGAACGUUUUGUUAUGAUAAGGUGGUAGAAUUGUUUAGAGAGAUGAUGAGGUGUGGGUUUAUGAAGCCAAAUGUGGUUACUAUUGUGAGUUUGUUGCCUGUGUGUGCUGCGAUUGAGGAUUGUACGAUGACGAGUGUGGUGCAUUGUUAUGCUGUUAAGAUGGGGUUUGAUUGUCGUGUUGUUACGGUAAACAAUGCUUUAGUUGAUGCUUAUGGAAAAUGUGGUGAUUUGGAAAGUUGUAAGCAAAUUUUUGAUGAAAUGGUGGAGAGGAAUGAUGUUUCUUGGAAUGCUAUCAUCACGAGUUUUGCUCACAUGGAUCGUCAUCAAGAUGCGAUGGAUUUCUUUAGAGUGAUGAUUUACAAAGGUGUCGUACCAAACUCUGUAGCAGUUUCUAGCAUGUUGCCAGUUUUAGUUGAGCUUGGACGUCUUCAAUUGGGAACAGAGCUUCAUGGUUUUAGUAUUAGAAUGGGUAUGGAAUCUGAUAUAUUUGUAGCCAAUUCUUUACUCGAUAUGUAUGCUAAAUUUGGAUAUUCAGCCAAGGCAUUAACUGCUUUCAACAAUAUUGAUGCCAAAAAUAUUGUAUCAUGGAAUGCACUUGUCGCUAAUUAUGCUCAAAAUGGCUUUGAAAUGUUAGCUUUAAGUGUAGUAAGAGAGAUGCAAACUCAUGGUCAAGUCCCGGGAGCUAUAACUUUAACAAAUGUUCUUGGUGCUUGUGCACGAAUUGGGCUUGUUUCCCAUGGUAAAGAGGUACACGCCAUGUCAAUUCGAGGUGGUUUUACUUGUCAACUUUUCAUCUCCAAUGCACUUAUUGACAUGUAUGCAAAAUGUGGUCAUCUACAUCUUGCAAGAAACGUUUUUAACGUCUCCUUUAAAGAUAGAAUUUCAUAUAACACACUCAUAUCAGCUUAUUCUCAUACAAACACUUCCGAGUCUCUGUAUCUGUUUCGUGAAAUGUUAUUGCAAGGGCUAGAACCUGACACAAUCUCCUUUGCGGGUGCCCUCUCCGCUUGUGCUAAUAUGGCAGACAUCAAGAAAGGCAAGGAGAUUCACGGAUUUUGUGUAAGAACCCUAUUUCAUAAUCAUCUCCUUGUUUCAAACUCGGUGUUGGAUCUUUACACCAAAUGUGGACGCCUUGAUCUUUCUCAGAAAGUAUUUGAUCAGAUACCCAAAAAAGAUGCGGCUUCAUGGAACACGAUCAUUAUGGGGUAUGGAAUGCGUUGUGAACUUGACACUGCAAUCAGUCUAUUUGAAGCCAUGAAAAAUGAUGAUCAAGAUCACGUGAAACGUGAUUCGAUUACUUACUUAGCAGUUCUAUCCAUGUGUAGUCAUGGUGGAUUGGUUGAUUUAGGAAGAAAAUACUUUGAAGAGAUGAAGGAACAGAACAUUGAACCAUCACAAACUCACUAUGCGUGUAUGGUUGAUCUUUUGGGUCGGGCUGGCCUAAUAGAGGAGGCUGUAGAGAUGAUCAAUGGGUUACCAAUGGAACCAGAUGCGAAUGUUUGGGGUUCUUUACUUGGAGCUUGUAGACUUCAUGGGAAUAUUGAGUUGGGUGAGUUGGCAGUUGAACACCUUUUUAAGUUAAAACCAGAUCAUUCAGGCUACUAUACACUGCUUUCGAAUAUGUACGCAGAAGCUGGGAGGUGGCAUGAAGCUGAUGAGAUCAGGGAGUUGAUGAAGCUAAGAGGAGUAAAAAAGAACCCAGGUUUCAGUUGCCUCUAGGAACCUGGUAACAGUUGAGGCCAAUGUGCACAUUGGUUAUAUGGUCUUUUUUACCUGGCCCGUCUGAACCCAUGAAAUGUAGUCUGCUACAUCAAGAUUUAUAGCCAUUAUCGCUCCAUUAUAUAUCCGGUUGUUGAGGUUGAAUCUGCAGUGGGAAAUUGAAAGCAUACACCUGUUUUUCAUUUUGGCAGAUAUGAUGAUGAAUCACUCAAGUUCUGCUGUUGUUAAUGGCACUUUCUUCAUCUUAAACAAAAGGUAACAUUUUUCUGGUUCUCUCCAUCUCUUAAGCAAAUGUGUGCAGUUGGUGUUCCUGUUAAUGAUUACAUUAUGAAUAUUGUCAUCAAGUAUUGUCUCUUACGUUACGUCUCACCAAUGACGUUUUGCACUGCUAGCCUGGAACUUGAAGCAAGGUAUUACACCUGAUGUGUGCACCACUACACCUUAGCACACUAUUAUAUGGACUCAUCCUAGAAGAUAGGAUUCUUGUGGCAGAAUGAUUCUCUAAACUGAAACUUUUUGUGAACUGAUGUAGUUAUAUUUAACACAAUGAUUAAAGGCCUUUGCAAAUUUGGAAAUAAUGCUACUGCCAUUUCUUUGCUUAAGCUUACAAAUCUAGAAGGAUGCAAACCUGAAGUUGCAUAUAACACCAUCAUUGAUAUUCUUUGCUAGGACAAAUUUAUAGAUGAUUCUUCCAAGCUGUUUAAAGAGACGGUCUUUCAAAAAGGCAUCCCACCUAAUGUCAUCACAUAUAACCCUUUGAUUUCUCGGCUCUCGCCUUCGUAGCUUAGAUUGUUUGGAUGAGGCCUCUCAUAUUAAAAAAGAAAUGGAGGAUGAUAGAGUCUCUACAGUUGUGCAAACGUACACUGUAGUAGACUAGUAGUUGAUGCCUAUUGCAUAGAAGGUAAGAUAUUUGAUGCAGAGGCUAUUCUCAGCAUCAUGGUUGAGUGAAGCAUGAUUUCUAACAUAGUAAUUGAUCAAUACUUAGAGAUGGUAACUGUUGGCGAGGUAAAUGACCAAGGCAAAGACAGUUUUAGAUUCAAUAGCAUUGAGUGGUCUUGUCCCUACUAUUACUUACAACAGUUUUCUAAAUGGGUAUUGCAAGAAUUCAAAUAUAGAAGAGGUCAUGCAUAUUUUUUUUUGAAUUGGCGUUUAGGACCCCGAUACAUUCACUUACAGGCUAAAGCAUCGUGAUAUAGAGAUUGUUUCAAUCUAGAUGAUGUGGAUAUGCACGCAAACUCUUUGAUGAUAUGUGAGAACACAGCCAAGUUCCAAAUGAUUUGACUAAUGGUAUCAUUAUAGAGCGUCUUUGCAGCUACCAUUAUGUAGAAGAAUAGAUCCCUUUGUUCAAUUUGAUGGGUAAUGUGAAGCUAAAAUAUAAUAUUAUUGUGUACAACUGUACACUAUCCUUAUAGAGGGUGCAAGCAAAUGGGGAAGCCUGAUAUUGCAAUGGCUCUUCUUCAGUACCUGAUGGUUAAAGAUUUGCAGCCUGAUGUUUGGAGUUUGGACAUAUAAGUGGUUUGUGUGGGGAAGGUCUACUGAAAGAAGCUAAACUGUCAUUUCUAAGAUGGACAGGAAUGGUUGCCCGUCAUAUAAUGUAAUGUAUCGUGUUCUUCUCCAAUGAUAUCUCUGACUAACCAGCACCUUGAUGAUGUAGAGAUCCUUUUACAAGAAAUGGAUAGAAGGUUUCUCAGUUGAUUUUUUGAGUUUUGACCUUUUCACUGCUAUUGAAUCAAAUCGUAGCUGGUACACUAAAUAAAACUUAAGCUGAUACGCUUCUAAUUCUUCUGCUUAGAUGGCAGUCUGGGAAAGAGAAAAGUGAUCAAUGAAUCUUGUUUUUAUGUGAGACGAGAAAUGAAAUGUUGUUCUGCUGAUUUAAACACCAUUUGUGCUCCCAUUUGCUGUAAAUCUCCGUACUGCUUGAAACUUAUCAGAUGUUACCUUUUAUAACUGAA